AGUCCUUUUCUCCAUCUAACUUUUUUCUUAUAUAUAUAAAGCAAACACAAACAUAGUCACCACAUUCACAAGUCACAAACCACACAACCUACGAAAGCAACGAAACAUCAAACUUGUACGGAGCAAUGAGCUCUCAUGCUUUAAACACCAAUGUGAAUGCUCUUGAUCACUUUGAGAUACCCGUAACGACGCCGUUUCAGGACGUUUCUGCAUCGGUGCCGUCCAUAGCAGCGUUCUGCCGGAGUUCUAGCUUCCGGAACAUUUUCUUGACAGAGAAUUGGGCGGAGCUGCCGUUGAAGGAGAACGACACCAAUGACAUGGUCAUCUACGGUGCUUUGCGUGAUGCUGCUGCCACCGGAUGGUUCCCCGCCAAUGGAAAUGAGGUGAGUAAUGUUAGUGUAGCUGUGAAAAUGGAAAAUGAGGGUCAAAAUAGUAAAACUACAGCCGCGCGUGGCACUCGCACGCCUCCAAAGAAGGGGUUGAGCUACCGAGGCGUGCGGAGGAGGCCGUGGGGGAAGUAUGCGGCGGAGAUUAGGGACACUAAGAGGAAUGGUGUGAGAGUGUGGCUUGGAACCUACGAAACCGCUGAGGAUGCAGCUUUAGCUUAUGAUCGAGCUGCAUUUAAGAUGCGGGGCUCAAAAGCUAAGCUGAAUUUUCCUCAUUUAAUUGGCUCGGAUCAUGAGCCAAUUAAGGUUACGCUAAAGAAACAUUGAAACAUUUGUCGGAUGUUUCUUUAUAGUGUCCUUUGUCAUCCACGGUAGCCAUAAAGCGGAGUAAAGAUAGCUCCUUGACAGAUUUGGAGCUGGAUAUAUGAUUCAAAUAUGUGGCAGUUUUCAAUAGACACGAGGUGGCAAUAAUAAAAGGGAAUAUAUAUAUAUAUAUAUAUAUAUAUAUAUAUAUAUAUAUAUAUAUAUAUAUAUAUAUGAAAUGUAUUACUACUAUCUUGCCAUUCUUAUGGCAUUGCAGAAGUGUGAGGAUAGUUUGUCAUAGUAUUUUUUUUUUCCUUUUUCUUUGUAAUAUGAAUAGUUGUAUCUCAUGACAAUGAAAAUAAUGAAGAAUAUAUAACAAAUUGAUGGAAGGAUUUAAUGUUAUUUAAUUACUCA